AGAAUAGCAUAUCCAAGGAAAGCACAAUGCCUCUCAUGAGGACAGUUCUUCUUCUGGCUGUUCUUUGCGCGCCCUCUUCAAGUCUGUGCUUCCGACUGUAUGAGACCGAUUCUAACUUUCUGUGCAGCAAUGAGGUUCUCUCCGGACCCAAGACCAGCGACCAGCCCAACAAUGUACUUUUGGAGGGAAGGGGAUUCCUCUUCGGCUCGGGAGAGACCGUCGAAUCCGCAGAGUCCCGCGAAAAAAGGACAUACCCGGCACCUAACUACAGGUUCCUCAGCCAAACGCAACUGAGGAGCAAGAUGUACAGAAACAGCGCGAAGGGCAACCGACGCAGCAAGGUUACCUUAUCUCUUGAUGUACCUACCAACAUCAUGAACAUCCUCUUCGACAUUGCCAAAGCCAAAAACCUGCGCGCCAAGGCGGCAGACAACGCGCGCUUGAUGGCACAGAUUGGAAAGAGGAAGUGAAUGCUUAGUUAUCCAGUGACUUUUGAAGGUAGUUCAUGUAUUAGUUAUUGUGCCAUUUUUUUGUAUCCUGAAGAAAGAUCCACAGGUUUUGCCUCAUUGACAAGCGUUAUCCUACGGUGGCAAUAUCUCGUCUGAUAAAUGUUUUGCGUAAAAAUCUCCAUGUGCGUAAAGGAAAAGUGGAUUGGUAAAUGACGCCUAAUUUGACAUAAACGGACAUGAGCCCAUUCAGUCCUUGCUUGCAAUAUUGCAUUUGCUACAGUUAUGAAGAACAAUAGACUACUAGUAACACUUCUGUCCUCUCACCUAGGAUUGGAAAUUAUAUCAUAUGAAUAACUAUAAUAUUACAUCAAAUGUUAUUGUGGGUUGAUAAAAACCCGCUACGUAGUUUGCUUUGUUUUGGUGAACACAGAUAAAAUGUAUAGAGUGGCAUCAAAUAAAAAAAACUCCUAAUGUUUUCCCCCCUACUGCUUUGAUCAUGCGCAGCCUUUACAAAGUUGCAUUAACACUGUACAGCUAAUGCAAUUUAUUUCAUUUUAUACUGUAUUAUUUUACCGCAUUGUAAACCACACAGAAAGCUAUCGCAGUUAUCCUACUGCAGUUCAUCUUAAGG